UGACGUUACACCGUUUGAAAAUAUGGUCGAAGGCACUUUUAAAAGUGUCGAUCCUCUUGCUUACUAUGUGAAUAAUGUUGAAGACUUUGAUCGAGACAUUGUUGGUGCCUGUAAAAGAAAAGACACUGCAGAAAUACGACGGCUAGCAUCGAGAGGGAAAGCGGACAAUGUCUAUGAUAUAUUUAUUUGUAUUUCUAAGAACUGGCAUGGCUACGUUUUAUGUGUCCCGGCUAAAGUCGAUCCUACGUUUGAAGAUAUGAUAACAGAUGUGAUUAAAACACCAUUUGAUGUCCCAGAUUUAAUGUUGUGUUUCACGUUUGAGUUGUGCUACGAAGACGAACGACUACAGACGUACAAAAUUCGCAAAACGUUUUCUUUAUUCAAGGACAUCAAAGGUAGGAUCGAGCGAAGUUUCUUUAUCGGACAUUACGAAGAACUUAGUCCGUCGGGUCUUCAGAUUUGUGCCAUCCAUGCUGCCCCUCAUCGUUAUGCUGUACUACUGAAAGACUGUGUUGAAUUCUCAAAAGAAUUUUGUAUCCAAGCUCUCAGAUUCUGCUCUAACGGAAGAGCAAUUGAAAACGAGGUUAACAAGAAUAUAAAGGCCGCGACAGCAAGCGGAUUCAGCUUUGAGCAUCUUUCCCGUAACAUAAAAAGUUCUGCUUGGAUUGGGAACGUGCUUCUUAACGGAACUGAUCUCAGUUCUAUAUUUUCUCGUCGCCAUUCGACAAUUAUCGCUUGCCUUGUGUUUGUGUUCAUUCUUGUAUAUCCUGUGUUUGUUGUUGUAGUUUACAGUUGGAUGAAAUGAUAAACUUCGUUUAGAUAGUACAUUUUUGUCCGGGCAUUUUACUUAGAUUUAAUUUACUUAUUGGGUUUUCGAACCAAUUCCUUGAGACUAACUUAAGAAGACAAAGAUAUGGCGGUCAGGUUGGAUUGAGGAAAACGCGCUCCAAUUGAUACAAGCUAGAGCGACAUUUUGUUAGCGUCGCUCAUCCAACAUGAUCGCCAAUCACCACGACGUCUGAAACCAAAAUUAAAAUACGUUUGUAGCAUUUUAAUCGUAAUUUAGAAUCAGCCUAAAGCUGAUUUCAGUAAUAUAAGUGUUGUUCAUAGAUCAGAUUUUAUAAUUAUGCUUAAAACGUGGACAUAUAAUAGUGUUGAGAUUCCGGUGUGUAGCCCAUCUGUCACUAUAUAGCCAUAGUUAUUUUAGGUAUAUAUUUGUGAUUUUGUAAACGUUGGUGAAAUAUAUUGUUUUUGCUGUUGCUAUUUUUGUUUUGU